AUGGGCGCUACCCAGACUGUACUGGUGACAGGUGCUAGCCGUGGUAUCGGUCGAGAACUUACCUCGGCUUACCUGAAACGGCCUUCAACUACCGUCAUUGCUGCGGUGCGAGAUACAGCUAAAGAAUCAUCCAAAUCACUGUAUAGCCUUCCGAAGGGGAUUGGCUCUCAUCUUAUUCUUAUCAAGAUUGAUGCAGCUAUACAUUCCGAUGCAGCCGAAGCUGUAAACAAAGUACAGAAAGAAUUCAGUAUCGACUCACUCGACAUUAUUAUCGCCAAUGCUGGGAUAUCGCAUUCUGGCACUUCUAUCCUGGAUAUGUCUAUGGUGGCUGCGACAGAGCAUUUUAGAAUCAACUCACUUGGGCCAGUGAUUCUUCUCCAGGCCACGGCCCCGUUGCUUAGAGCCAGCAAGCUUGAAUACCCUAAGUUCGUUGCGAUUUCUUCAAAUGCUGGAACGAUAGGGGGUGCAGACUCACUGCGCGGUGCCCCUCCGGUCUUUAGUCCUUAUGGGGCGAGUAAAGCAGCUCUCAACUGGUUUGUCAAACGGCUCCACGCUGAAGAGGAGUGGUUGAUAAGCUUUGUGUUUCACCCCGGCUUGGUAUUAACAGAAUUGGCUCAACAAGCAUUUGCAUCCGCGGGAGUGAGUUUGAAGGGUAUGGAGGUUAUUUCGGUCGAAGAGAGUGUGCAGGGAAUGAUAGAAACAUUGACGCUGCCUCUCAAGACACCAGUGGUACAUUUCGCUACUAUACUUCCCAGGUUCUACCAUGGUAAAGCUAUAAAGCUCCACUAG